AUGCCGGAAAGUGUAGCUAUGUUGAGGACGAGUCCUGUUCGAGUGGGUGGGCAGUUGGAUGAUUCUACAGCUUAUUUCCAUCGCUUGUUUUGGACAUUCCAACCAUGUGUUGAGGCAUUUCGACAUUGCAAGCCGUUGGUUAGUGUGGAUGGGACCCACUUAUACGGCAAAUACGGUGGUACACUACUUAUCGUGAUUGCACAGGACGGUAACUCCAACAUCAUCCCUAUUGCCUUUGCACUCGUGGAAGGUGAGAAUGCGGAGUCAUGGUCAUUCUUUCUAUUCCACCUUCGGGCUCAUGUGACGCCUCAACCGGGUAUACUUGUCAUAUCAGAUAGGCACAAUGGGAUAAAGGCUGCGUUGGAGGCUCCUGAUGGGGGAUGGCUUCCCCCUACUGCAUAUAGGGCGUUCUGUAUCCGUCACGUGGCAGCUAAUUUUGCCCUGACUUUCAAGGGGAAGGAUGCAAGGAGGCUGUUAGUGAAUGCUGCAUAUACAAAGACGGAGGUGGAGUUUCAAUACUGGUUUGACAUCCUGAGAACGUUUGAUCCUGCGAUGUGCGACUGGGCUAAUCGAAUUGAGUAUGCACUUUGGACUCAGCAUCGGGAUGAAGGCCGCAGAUUUGGGCACAUGACUACAAACAUAUCUGAGUGUGUGAACUCGGUCCUAAAGGGUGUUAGGAACCUCCCGGUGUGUGCAUUAGUGAAAGCCACAUAUGGGCGGUUGGCCGAGUUAUUCGUUCGCAAGAGAAAAGAAGCCGAGGCAUAG